AUGAAGGACGAGGACGGUGAGCUCCACAACAUUAUGCUUUUUGGUGCUGAAGGCGAUCAGAACCGCUACCCGAUGCGGGCCACAGGCUGGUUCUCGGGUGGGGGCUGCGGCGUUGAGACCGAUCCGGAUGUUGGCUCUUCACCCCACGGAUGGUCGGCGUAUCGGACCGUUGCGACUGAUACACUAGCAGCAUUUAUACCGACAACAACGACAAGAACGUCCUCAUCGGUUGGAUGGGACGGUAGGCUGUCGGUACCGCGUGAGGUCGGAGUUGCCAUCGUUCGUGACAUCUACGACGUCGACCAGCACCUGGUUGGCAAGGGCGACUGGAUCGUGUCCGACUCGAAGGACAUCAUCAAGUCGCUCGGGGUGAAGCCGCUGAGCAACCUGCAGCUGCUCCGCAACGAGAACUCGCUUGAGCAUGUGGCCAGCGUGUCGGUGAACGGUUUGUCGCAGGUUCUGAACUCGACGGGCGCUUCGUUCGAACUGAUCGCUGAGGUGGCGGACUUCGAGCGUGGCAACGAGGUGGGUUUCGAGGUGCACCGCAGCUCUACCGGCAACAAAGAAGCUACGAUCGUGUACGGCGACGCGGAGAAGAAGGUGAUCAUUGACCGAACGAAGGGUUCAACUGCUGACUGCGCUGUUUUCGCUGAUAACAACAUGAAACCAAUCUCGGAGUCGAUUUGGGGCCACUUCUACCUGUACGACCUGUUUAACGGCGCUUCUCAGAGCGACGUGGGCGAGACCACCCGCGAAAAGUUGAGUUUCCACGUGUUCGUAGACGUGUCGAGCGUCGAGGUAUUUGUGAACGACCGCUUCUCGCUGUCGGCUCGUAUCUACCCAUGCGCGACGCAGUCCAAGUCGGACGGCAUUGCCCUGACGGCUUCAGGUGAUGCCAUAUUCCGCGCAGGAUGGCCUGGAUCUCGGGGUCCGCCAUGCCGCGACUCGCAAGCGCCUCGUUGGUCUCUCCGCUUGAAUCUUGUACAAGACUUUCCGCAGGCACUCUCGGUGGUUUGGGUCAAGCGUCAGCCCCUUCUCGUAGCUCACGCGGGCUUUCUAGAACUCCUUCAUCAAGCACUGGAUGGUGCCCAUGCACAACACCUUGACGUGAGCUCGAUGACCUUAUUACCGUCCUUCUUGGCCUCGUAG